AUGAGUGUAACUGAGAAUCCUUCUGUGGCAGCGGAAGCAAAUCACGUAAAAGCCAGACGAGCACUCGAAAAGUACUUGCAUUACUACGAGCGCUUCGAAAACCACAACAAAUCCCUCAAACUGGAGCAGCAGUUCCGUGACAAGAUUCAGAGGAAAAUUGAAGCAAAGGUUAAUGAUCAUGACGGCACUUGGAUUGACUGGCAAUACCUCCAUAACGCAGCCACAUUGCUCACAAAGUGUCGCUAUACUUUGCAAUACACUUAUCCAUUCGCGUACUUCAUGGAGAGUGGAGCCCGGAAGCAGUUGGUGAGGGUUUUUUCAAGCUUCAGCAACUUCAGCUGCACUUGCAUAUGGGGAGAGGAAGUGCUGAGAUACUCGUCAACUUCUGUAGUGCUCAUGCAUUUUGGAUAAGA